UGUUGCAUUUGAUUUGGAAUCCAUAAUGACUCCAUUCAGGAUUCCGAAUCAAAUUCCGAAUGGUUUGACCGGGAUAGACCGUUUUAACAUCAAAUUAUGGUCUUGUCAAACUGCAAAUGACGUGAAAACCCAAGAUGAUACCAGAUAAGGUAUAGGCAUACGUAAAGCGAGAGUUUUGGUUUUACAAUUAGCAACAUCUAUAUUGCGUAAAUACUGCUUUACUUCCAGAAAAAAGAAGUUGUUAAAAUCGAAAUUAAUUAAAACAAUGUUUUGAAUAUAGAAACUAGUGCUUUCAGCCUUUUUGAGGUUCUCAAGGCGUUUGCCAACAAUAAUAUUAUUGUACACACAUGCACCUUAUGCAGAUUAUCUUGAAUCUGUUUUGCGUUUGUCAAAUCUGCCACUCUUCUUAUUCUUAUCUGGACACGCUCUUCUUCCCUUUCCCGCUCGGACGUGCCUGGCAGGAUUCCCCCAAGAUAGCCGGCAGCGAAAUAAAAACUCUGGCAGAAUUUCUGGGGGUCUGGCUGGCAGAGCGCUGCCCAGCCGGCCGGCUCAAAUGCAACAACCGUUUCUGGCAGAAUUUUUCGCCUUACGGUUAUUAACGGUUUUUUCUGCCGGAUUUCUGCCAGGCACGCACCGGCAGGACCGGUUUAGCACCGCUUCAGGUUUUGCUUGUAUUUUUUCUUAAUUUUUUUUUAAUUUUAUGUAAAUUUAUAAUAAAAACAUGUCUGGAGACAUGAAAUCCAUAUUACUUACCUUGUUUGAAACCAAAAUCUUUGUUUCUUCCUAUUUUUUCAUCUGCCAAAACUAUCCUUCUUGGAAAAAUAUAAAUAUGGCGAAAAAGAAACAACGAUAAACAAAACAGAACCGGUGAGGCGAAUCUGCCUGCCAUAACUGGAAGGAGUAUAGCUGAAUUCUGGCAGCGCCAUUUUGAUAAUUUUGACAGCUGCCGGAAUCCUGACGGAUUUUUGCUGGCUGCUCGUUUUUCUUCCAAGCGGGUUGGGGCAGACCCUCGGGGUCAAAUGCAAGUUUCGCUUUGUUCAAAAAUUUUGCAUGAUUUGUUUCAUUUGAGCCCUGUAAAGUUCAGCCGGAAAUGAACUGGAAUUCUGGCUGGUUCCAGUUCGCAUUCCGGCUCCAGUGACACAACCGAAUCUAACUAGAAUCGGUUGUGUCGUUUUCCGGCUCCAUUGACACAACCGAUUCUAGUUAGAAUCGGUUGUAACACUGGAGCCGCCCACUGAGACGUCCAAAAAAUUGUUUCAAAAUCGUUCAACACGGGUCCAACGAUGGACGUUCGUUGAACGGUUAUUUGGACGUUGUCCAAAUUGGUCCAACGAACGUCCUUCAUUGGACGAUUUUGAAACCAACCGUUCUUAGAGGGCGGUAUUCGGUUUAGAGCCAGUCAGCAUUUCGACUGAAUUUUACUGGGUUUUAUUCUUUAAAAUCACAAAACCACAGGGCAAUAUAAUCAUCGUCACAAGCCCUCGGUCACACAGUGUCAGUAGAUAGUUCAAUCAGAAAAGAAGAAGAAGAAUGUUUUUCGUCCAAGAUUAAUUAAAUCGUUUGACUUAUUGUAAAAUUUGCUUCGUUGUUCGUACGUUACUGCGAAAAGUGUUUCGAUUUAGUAUGUACAUUCUACAGAUAAAUAUCUAAUUUUCAUUGUGCCGGAAGAAUAGCUUUUUAGGUGAUUGUAAAUACUUUGCAGAAAGCGAAUUUAGCAGUGAAAUACGCAGUGGAUAUUUUCCUUCUUCACCGGGAGUGUAAACGCGACGAUGGGCGGAAUCGAUGCGGAGUGCUCCUGCUUACACCACUGAAAUGAUUCCGCAAUCUUCGGCAACUAAUGAUGGCGAUGCUCAGGCACAGCAAAGUGAUAUGACUGAAAAAGAUGUCCUGGCAAACAUAUCUCUUUCCGAUGACGUUAAAGAUAAUGAUGAACCAUUUAUUACACCAGCACUGCUGGAAGAAACUGAUGGAAACCUCACCAUAAUUUCUCAGCUAAGUAAUGAUUCAAAUGAUAUUAAAGCAUUUUACAAAGGACAUCACAGAAACAGCAGUUCGCUUGUAUAUAACCGUCUUGUUACGAAAAUUGCUUGUACGAGAGAUUCUAUAAAGAAAGAACAAACCGCCAGAGAUGCAAAUGUCAAUGAGUACUUAAAACUAGCUGCUAGCGCUGAUAAACAACAGCUUCAAAGAAUAAAAACAGUUUUCGAGAAGAAAAAUCAGAAAAGUGCGCACAAUAUAUCAUUACUGCAAAAAAAGUUAGAAUCCUAUUAUAAAAGAUACAAAGAUUUUCAAUACCACCAUAAUCAAAAGCAACUACAAACUGUUCGCCAACCGCGGGAAAUGUUUCGCGACGUUAGUCAAGGCUUACGAAAUGUUGGUGGAAAUAUACGCGAUGGAGUCAGUGGACUGUCAGCAACAGUUAUGUCGAAGCCAAGAGAAUUCGCUCAUCUCAUUAAAAAUAAAUUUGGGAGUGCGGACAACAUAAAUCAACUGUCGUCCACAUGGUAUACAGAUCAAAACGUUAUGGACAUCAACAGAAGCCUGAAUGCAUCACACAUAAAGGACAACACAGACUUCCGAUACGAAAACUUUAACCUAGGUAUGGCUGUUGAAUGUGACGAUACUUCCAAGGGGAUAGUAUUGUCCAGUCCUGGAAUAAUUGGCGAUAUUGACAGCAAAUACAGCGAACAUGAAAGCGAAUGUAGUAGCGUCACGAGCGACAGCAUCCCAUUAAGCUCUGGGAAACAUCGCGUGAUGAGAAACCAACGUUGCACACAUUACAAAGCUAUCAACGAUAUCCGCGAUGAUUACACUCGAUUGAAAGGCAAGCUUGAAAGAUUAGAGGGUUUACAUAAAGAUGUUACAGACAUUGCGAUGUUAUUGGAAACUGAGCGAUACCGCACCGAAAGAUUAGAGGAGCAACUUAACGAUUUGACAGAGCUACAUCAAAAUGAAAUUGAAAAUUUGAAGCAAGCUAUCGCUGAUUUAGAGGAAAAAGUCCAAUACCAGAGCGAUGAACGGUUGAGGGAUGUUUACGAAAUAAUGGAAAACUGUCAAACGAGGGUUUCCAAAAUGGAACAAAUCUACCAGCAGCAAUACGUGACGGUUGAAGGAAUAGACAAUUCGAAUGCUCGGGCGGUAGUAGUUAAACUAAUCAAUAUUGUAUUGACGGUGCUUCAAGUACUGCUGCUAUUGGUAGCUACAGUGGCCGGAAUAGUAAUGCCAUUCCUAAAAACAAGGGUUCGUGUUCUAUCGACUAUUUUUUGCGUCUUGUUAUUAGCGUUAAUGUUCAGGCACUGGCCUGAGAUUAGACAAUUUUGUGUGCGUUUGAUUAGAUAGGUUUCAGGCUUAGGUUUUUCUUUUAAAUUUAAUAAAAAACACGUUGUGUAACGUCAUUCCGAACCUAUCAAUGCCAAUCUUGAUCAAUCCACUCAGAACUAUAAGAUGAUUUCAUAAAAAAAUCGCGUUUGCCAUAAAUACAAUCUGAUGCGAGACCGCGAAAAAUCAUUUAUGUAGCGUUUACAUUUUGGAUGGCAAAUUAGAUGCUGGUACGGGACCGUGUUCGGAGGUGACCGAUAAAGAGAUCACACAACCCAUACGUUAAAAUAUACUUUAUUAAAGACUAGAUGCGAACAAA